CUGCGGGUGGAGUCGGUUACAAAGGCAGCAGCCGGCCGGGCUCCCGCACGCCCGCACGCUCGCUCGCUCGCUCGCUGAGGCCUCGCGCUCCUCGCCAUUUUUCCAGCCGCGCUCGGACGCGGGUCGCGGCGGCGGGAAGAGGCGGAGCCGCGAGAGCGCGGCCCGGGCCGGCCCCGCGGGGCGGUCGCGGCCGUGACGGCGGCUCCCGGCCCCGGCUCCUUUCCUCACCCCUCCUGCCGGAGAUGAGGGGAAGAUGUCCGUGUCAGGGCUCAAGGCCGAGCUGAAGUUCCUGGCGUCCAUCUUCGACAAGAACCACGAGCGAUUCCGCAUCGUCAGCUGGAAGCUGGACGAGCUGCACUGCCAGUUCCUGGUGCCGCCGCUGCCGCCACCACCGCCGGGCAGCUCGCAUUCGCCGCCGUCGCCGCUCACACUCCACUGCAACAUCACGGAAUCUUACCCAUCUUCUUCACCAAUAUGGUUUGUGGACUCUGAUGACCCAAAUCUGACAUCAGUUCUGGAACGCUUAGAAGAUACUAAGAACAACAGUUCGCUCCGUCAGCAGUUGAAGUGGUUGAUAUGUGACCUCUGCAGACUAUAUAACCUUCCUAAGCACCUGGAUGUUGAGAUGCUAGAUCAGCCACUACCCACGGGUCAGAAUGGGACAACUGAAGAAGUAACUUCAGAAGAAGAGGAAGAGGAGGAGAUGGCUGAAGAUAUAGAAGACUUGGAUCACUAUGAGAUGAAGGAAGAAGAGCCUGUUAGUGGGAAAAAGUCAGAGGACGAAGGGAUUGAGAAAGAAAAUUUGGCAAUAUUGGAGAAAAUCAGGAAGACUCAAAGGCAAGACCAUUUAAAUGGUGCAGUGUCUGGGUCAGUACAAGCAUCAGAUAGACUCAUGAAGGAACUCAGGGAUGUCUACAGAUCACAGAGCUACAAGACAGGGAUUUACUCAGUGGAGCUAAUAAAUGACAGCUUAUAUGACUGGCAUGUCAAACUACAUAAGGUUGACUCUGAUAGUCCUUUGCACAGUGAUCUUCAGAUCUUAAAAGAAAAAGAAGGCAUAGAAUAUAUUUUGCUUAACUUCUCUUUUAAGGAUAAUUUUCCAUUUGAUCCUCCGUUUGUUCGAGUGGUGUUACCUGUUCUCUCAGGAGGGUAUGUGUUGGGUGGAGGAGCACUGUGUAUGGAACUUCUCACAAAACAGGGCUGGAGCAGUGCCUAUUCAAUAGAAUCUGUCAUCAUGCAGAUCAAUGCCACCUUAGUGAAAGGCAAAGCCCGGGUGCAGUUUGGAGCAAAUAAGAAUCAGUAUAAUCUAGCACGAGCCCAACAGUCCUAUAAUUCCAUUGUACAGAUACAUGAGAAAAAUGGCUGGUACACACCUCCAAAGGAAGAUGGCUAACUACAUUGACAUAUGUCUGGACCAAUGUUGCUUUAAAGAAAAUCGUUCCAACGUACAGACAUAAGCUUUCGAGUGCCCGUGUAACAGCAGUACCGAAGACAUUAGCUAAUAGGUCAUUUAGUGGAUAAUCUGUCAGCUGACAUCCAGUUACAGCCUUUUCAUUUUGCUCACUUUAGGUAUCUUGGACUGAGCAGUGGGGCCUUUACUGUAUUUUUCCUGAUAAGUACACACAAUAGCCACUCCCUACCACCUUUUUCUUGAAAAGUGAAAUCUUUUAAGCAGGGAAGUCAGCACCAGUUUACUGCAGCUGUGAUUUUACAGUUACCUUUCUCUAUUGAGCCUAUGGGGUAUGAAGAUUUGCAAGAUCCUGUUCGUUUAGAGCCAAUAAAAGUUUAACUGAUGGUCAAUACUGGUUUAGAAAUUUUAGGUCUUCUAAACCAUAGCUUUUUCAGGUCUGAAAUCAUUUUAUUGCCAAAAUUAUGACAGGAAGCCUCUUCAUUAAAUUGUUACACUUUUUCAUCGUUGUGUGAAGGUUUGAACUAAUCUGAAAGUAUGAUCCUAAUUGUAUCAUUAGGUACAGCAAAGCAAGGCAGCCACCUGUGAGCAGUAAUUUCCACAGGGGCAGCAGGGUCCUGUUGGCUGAACUUGCGUCCUGUUGGAAGGAAGAGCCACAGUGUAGAGCCUGAAGUUCUAAAGUAGGACAUCAUUUUACCUUUCCAUUUAUUAGCGGGGUGUUGCAAUUGAUGACAAACUAAUAAACUUAUGGAAUGAUUGGCACAAAGACUCUUUGAGCAAGAUUAUGAAAGAUACCUAAAUUGGAGAUCCUUAAAUUUUUGCUAUGGUCAUGCAGUGGCAUUUACAUCAGAAGACCAGUAGGAACUCAGCCUGUUAAUGUUUUAUAAAAUGUGACACAAAUCAAUGUACUUUGCAUUUUAUUGCCUUACCUGAAUCAGUACUCUUUGGUUGGUAAUAGAUUUUUUUUUUUUUAAAUAAUCCCAUGUUUGAUUUAAAUCUAGCUAUUGAAGCACUUUUAAAAAGAAACCCAGAAGCACAUUUUCCUGCACAAACCAGUACAAAGUUCAACAGUAUUUCUUAUAUAUUUGGUUUGAGUUUUUUUUAACUUUGUAAACCACAUCUAGGAGACAUGGCACUUGUGCAUUUUAUGUGUGGUCUAUGUUUCUCUUGAUUCUGUUGGUUAAGAGGGCAGUAAAGAUACCUGGUAUUCUUGGUCACUUGGUUACCGUAAACAAAUGAUUGCCAGUGGCUCAGAUGACAAGUGACAAGGCAGAAUUCAACACAUUAUAAAAUUCCUUAUGCCUAAAGCGAAAUCUUGAAUACAUUAUUGAAUUCUAAUUUCCUAAUGGCUAGCAGAUUGACAGCUGCACAUUUGGCAUGCUUUGGGUUUUUUCUUUUUUUUCUCUUUUUUUUUUUUUUGGAUUUUAUUUUUCAUUGCAGAUUUAUUUGGCAAUGUACAGUAAAUUUUGUAAACUUGCAUCAAGUUUAUGAAUAAAGAACCAUUUAAAAAUC